AUGUAUUCGUCUUUUUGGGCCUGCCUCUUCGUCUCCCUUCUGGCCGCCUCCGCCAGUGCCCUGCCAAAGGGUGGCGGCGGCGGUGCUGCUGCUCCCGCCGCAGCUGCUGGACCCGCCUCGGCCAAAGUCGUCAUCUACAGCAGCUACACCUGCGUAGCACCGAAUACUCUACCACCCACAGAUGGAAGCGCAGGAACAGCAACCACAUUCACAAUCACAGAAGGCCAAUGCACCAUCCCCACCGUCGGCCUUUCAUUCGGCGGCGCAAUCACUGCGACUUUGACAGCAACGCCAAAAGCAGGCACUCUCGGUUGCUACGUUCUUGGACACAGUCAACAAGGUUGUGGCAUCACAUUGACAAACACACUCACCGGUUUCCCCUUCGGAGGAACUGCAGUCGGAAGCAGCGUUGGUUGUGGAAACCCACCUUCCGGCACUUCUUGGAAUGCUUUCGAGGUCUUGUGUCAAUGA